AUGGGAGACCUCAAGACAUUUGAUCCUGUAAGUAGAUUUAUCCUUACUUUUAGAAACACCAAAAAUUUGACGUCUUUUAAUGAAAACCGUUGUGAAUUGUACGAAGUUGGACUGAUGAAUCAACAACUCUCAUUUCAACUUUUCUGUAAGCACACGUUUGAAGGGAAUACUCCACAAUCGGGUUUUGAAACUUUAGCCAAUUUUUUUUUUUUUUUAAAAGGAGGAGUCUCAUUAGUUCUUAAGGUUGUAGGUUCCAGCUUGUUGAAGGAAGGAAAACCACUAUGGGAGUAUAAACUGGCACAAUUAGAAAAAAUACCUCAUGAAGAAAUCAUACAAACCUUGAAGACGAGUUAUGAACCGUUGGAGAAUGAGGCUCAUCAAGUCUUCCUAGAUGUUGCUUGUUUCUACAUUGGUGUGACAAAGGAAGUAGAUUCUUACAUGUGGAGUGAUCCUGGACUCCAUCCCGGGAAAAAUAUUACUCCCCUAUUUCAGAGGUCCCUAAUUAAAAUUGGGGAUGACGAUAAGUUUCAAAUGGAUGAUCAACUAGAGAUAUGGGGGGGAGCAAUCGUUCGUGAGGAAAAUAUCGAACAACCAUGGAUGAAAAGCCGUAUAUGGGACGAGAAGGAAGCUCUGGAUCUAUUACCAAACAAGAAAGUGCGUAUCGUUAAUUUUGAUAAAAUAAUGUUUUUCUUUUCAUUUUGGCUUCCGAGUCCACUAACUUGUGAAACAUAUAAAAUUUUGAUUCUCUUAUACUCAGGGAUCAGAAAAAGUGAAAGGGCUGAGUGUGGAGGAUGA